UUAGUUCUUCAACUGUCCCUUUCUACCUCUCUACUUUCUCCGCCGAAAACCCCAUUUUCCCUACUUCUCCAUCUCCAUCUCCUCCUCUGGUUUGGGUUUUGCAGAGCAAGGUUUAGUUUUGAUCCAGCAGAAAAAAUGGCUGCUCCAAAGCCUGAAGAGAUAAGUCACCCGGCAAUGGACCAGCUUCAGGGUUUGGAGUACUGUAUUGACUCCAAUCCUUCUUGGGGGGAGUCAAUUGCUUUGGGUUUCCAGCAUUACAUUUUGGCUUUAGGGACCGCCGUUAUGAUUCCUUCCUUCCUUGUCCCUUUGAUGGGCGGUGACCAUGGGGAUAAAGUCAGAGUGGUACAGACUCUACUGUUUGUUGAAGGGAUCAAUACCCUUAUUCAGACUCUGUUUGGGACGCGUCUUCCCACCGUGAUUGGGGGAUCCUACGCCUUUAUGGUCCCAAUCAUGUCGAUAAUUCACGACCCUGCUUUGACCAGAAUAGAGGAUGAUCAUUUGAGGUUUUUGAGCACCAUGAGAGCUGUACAAGGUGCUUUAAUAGUUUCAUCUAGCAUUCAGAUAAUUCUGGGAUACAGUCAAUUGUGGGCCAUUUGUUCCAGGUUCUUCAGCCCACUUGGGAUGGUUCCAGUCAUUUCUUUGGUGGGUUUUGGACUAUUCGACAGAGGCUUCCCUGUGGUUGGUCGUUGUGUGGAAAUUGGCGUUCCCAUGCUCAUCCUAUUCGUAACAUUCUCUCAGUACUUGAAGAACUUUCACUUCAGGCAAUUGCCAGUACUAGAGCGGUUCGCGUUGCUAAUAUCGGUGACUGUAAUAUGGGCAUAUGCACAUCUCUUGACAGCAAGUGGUGCAUACAAGCAUCGUCCAGACCUUACUCAGGUCAACUGCAGAACUGACAGGGCCUACCUCAUUUCUGCUGCUCCAUGUUUCCUACUGAUGUGUUGCAGGAUAAAGAUUCCAUAUCCAUUGCAAUGGGGAGCCCCAACUUUUGAUGCUGGCCAUUGCUUUGGGAUGAUGGCUGCUGUUAUAGUCUCACUCAUUGAGUCCACUGGGGGAUACAAAGCUGCCUCGAGGCUAGCUAGUGCCACGCCACCACCAGCUCAUGUGCUAAGCCGGGGAAUUGGGUGGCAAGGAAUUGGCAUACUACUUAGUGGCAUGUUCGGAACGAUGAGUGGCUGCACAGUAUCCGCAGAAAAUGUGGGGUUGCUUGGCAGCACUCGUGUUGGCAGUCGAAGAGUUAUUCAAAUCGCAGCUGGUUUCAUGAUCUUCUUUUCAAUUUUGGGGAAAUUCGGAGCACUAUUUGCAUCAAUACCAUUCCCAAUAUUUGCUGCUUUGUACUGUGUCCUGUUUGGUCUUGUUGCAUCUGUUGGUUUGUCGUUCUUGCAAUUCACAAACAUGAACUCAAUGAGGAACCUGUUCAUCGUCGGAGUUGCCUUGUUUCUUGGCCUGUCCAUUCCUGAGUACUUCAGGGAAUACACUUCCAAGGCCUUCCAUGGACCAUCUCACACGAAAGCCGGCUGGUUCAAUGAUUUCUUGAACACAAUCUUCUUCUCAUCCCCAACCGUGGCGUUGAUAGUAGGAGUGUUCCUCGACAACACACUUGACUACAAGGACAGUGCCAGAGAUAGAGGAAUGCCAUGGUGGGCUAAAUUCAGAUCAUUCCAAGGAGACAGCAGGAAUGAAGAAUUCUACACUCUACCCUUCAACCUCAAUCGUUUCUUCCCUCCGUCCUGAAAAGUUUAAUCAACAAGAAUCAGUUGCAGCGGAGUUUGGCUCAGGGUUCGGUUGCUUGCUUGCUUGCUGGUUUGUUAGAGGAAAAACAUCAUUUCCAGUUAAGAAUUGAUUGCUGAUGAGAGAGUAUAGCAAGAGUAGUAGUUAGAACUCUUAACACCCCAUCUAGGAUUUUGCUUUCCAGGAGACAAGAAUAAGCUAUUCUGCUUUUUCUUGUCCUUCUUUUUCCCUAUUUAAUUCAUUUUGAUUUGUAUAUCACUUGGG